ACGGAUAGUCUCAUCACUGAAAACCAUCAGAUAGAACAAUUUGAACAAUCUUUAAAAAUACAUUUGUAUCAUAACACUUACAUCUGGAUUUACAUGCAAAGACACUCAAAUCACCAAAUAUCUGUUUAGUUGCCAUACCUUUUAUGGUUUCAUUACAUAAUCAGGUGUUAAGCCCUUCUAUUUUAAUAGUGGUAACCUAAAAAUGUAUGUCUCAACCUAAAGCCUGCAGGUCCUAUCCUCUAGUGAAAACUCAGGGUCUCUAGUGAAAACUCUAGAGAAACUCAGGGUCACGUUUUUUACGCAAGUUGGAAACAACAGGGCGACCCUGCAAUGUGCUCGCUGAACUUUAGCACUUUCUCUUCCUGUUGGAUGCCACUCUCUGACUAAAAGACCCACAGACAAUGAAGGCUGUGAGAGAGGUUCAGGAAAACCGAUGCAUCAGCCCAAGUUUUGUCAAAUUCCCGAAUGCUUUAAGACAAUAAACACUUUGGAUUGGAAAGACAUAGAUCAAUACAGUUAUUGAACACAUUUUGACAGAUUUCUAGUAAUUUACAUUGCAUAGGGAAAACGGUUAAAAAAAUAUUCUGCUUAAUAUGUCUUUCAUAGAAAAUGUUCUGUGACAUAAGAGCCAUAAAUACACAACCAGUUUUUUUUAUUUCUGGUUGACAAGUGUUAUUGCUAUCAGGCUGUGUCCUUGUGCAAUAACUCUCAAGAACAAACAUGCAACAUCACUCAUUAAUUUGGAAAUAUGUUUUGCUGGGUUUAAACUGUCACAUGGUAUGAAUACUUCCCAGAUUGCGCAACAGCCUAAUAGAGCUACAUAGAUAAACAAAUGUGGUUGGUACGCUUUAUUAAAUGUAAGAUCGCAUUACUCCACAAGGGGGCAUACAUGUGCCAAAUCAUCUGUCUCUAAAUUACCAUGACUACGGCUAACAGGUGUCUUUGAAUUGCUGCGUCGUCGGUUUUCGGGCGUUUAGCCAGAAGCAAGGGUAUUUACAAAACCUUUGCUGAUACAGCAGCAGGCACACACAUCGAAACAUUGCUUUUCUCUCCUUUGCACUCUUACUUGGACAUUCCUUGAGUGUGCUAUGUUUAGGAAAACUGUCUGGAAGAAUACCGUGAGUGAUGCCGUUAGCUGGCAUCAGGACCAAGCACUGAACACAACCAUACUUAUCCUGAAAGAGUAUGGUCCGACCGGAUUCCUACUUAAAGAGGAAGGCGAAACCAAAAACUUCAAGGUGUGCUUGGGAGACCCUCAUACCUGUGCUUGUUCAACAUUCAACAAAGAGAGGGACCUCUGCAAACAUAUAUGCUGGGUUUUACUGCGAAAAUUCAGACUGCCUAGGGAACAUGAAUAUUGCUUUCAGCAGGGCCUAGUGGAGAGACAAAUUCUGGAGUUGCUACAGGGUUCACACAAGAGCAGAACACCUCGACCAGUAGACCCACCUGGCUCUGCGGCUAAACCCACCAGACCAGAGCCAGAUGACGGGGACGGGUCAGUCAGGCGUAAAGAGAUUGAAGCUGACGAUGUGUGUCCCAUCUGCCAAGAGGACAUGCUGGCGAAACGGCUGCCUGUGUGCUACUGCAGGUACGGCUGUGGCAACAGCGUCCACAUCUCCUGUAUGAAGGUGUGGGCCGACCACCAGGCGCGUCCUGAGGGGGAGGCCGCGGUUAAGUGCCCGCUGUGCAGGGAGGACUUCGGGCCGGUCGAGCUGCUCCUGGAGCAAGUCAGGACCGCCGCAAAGCUCUUCACAGCUGCUGAGAGGGAGAGGCCCGACAGGCACCUCGGGGUGCUCUGCAACAGCUGCGGGAUCGGCCCGGUCACCGGCAAGUGUUUCAAAUGCACCGUCUGCCGUUACUAUCACCUCUGCGAGGACUGCAUGGGGAGGAGGCGCCACCCUCAGCAUGAGUUUGCCUUUCGUGCGAAGAGAAGUCAGAAGUGGCAAGGCAGCAGCGCUGCGGACGGCGGCGUGGUCCGCGUCGAGAGUGACCCGCUGCCGGAUCACGUGUUCAGGAGCCUCCCCGCGGUCAGAGUGCGGAGUGGCUGCCGCCUGCUGGACCCUGGGCAGCAGUGCAGGAUCUGCCUGAAGAGCUUCCAGCAGGGUCAGCGGGCUAGACACCUGCCCUGUCAUCACAGGUUCCACACAGGCUGCAUCGACCCGUUGCUUCGGCAGUCCAAUUCCUGCCCCCUGGAUGGCUACGUCAUCUACAACCCCCUGACAUGGAGCUGUGCCGGGGGUAAGGCCACGACCAGGCCGGCCUCCCCAACCCAUGCCCAGGCUAAGCUCACAGAGCAGCACAGGCUGGAGCUGUUUGUCCCUGGAGUAGCCCUCUUGGAUAGGGCCGCCAGGGUCCUUCCCUCCCUGGUGGCGGAUAACACCGAAGCCCCAGCCAGUGCCCCGGCCCCCCUCCCUCGGGACACUAUGGUCAUCGACUUACAAGGUCUACGCAUCCAUAAACGAAACGCUGAACAUAUAAAGAGAGUGGCCAAGAAGGAUAGACCUCUUCUCCAAUCCGUUAUCCAUCACAAGACACUUUCCUCCGAGCAUCCAAGGCCUGACACGUGUAGCAUGAGGCUAGGCAGCAUCAAGUCACUGUCCUUGGGUAAGGGUUUGACCCAAACACAUGCUACCACAACUAACAUGCUGGGGGAGGUCCACAGAGGGACGGAAAGGGAGCUGUUUGUAGGUGUGAACAGGUCAGAUGGAGACACGACGACCGCUACUGGUGCUCAGCCCAGAGCGGUCGUUUCCCUGUGGAAACCAAGACCCAGGAAUGCCCAACCGGGCACAGGAGACAGGCAGAAGACCUCUGGUCUGAGAAUGACAGGGGUGGUGAUCAAACACCAGAGGGAAAAGUAGGCGGUAGAUUCCUA